GCACCCAGGCAGGGCAGGGGUCCCGCUGAGUGUGUGAGUGUGAGUGUGCAGGGGCGGGACCCAGGCAGGGCAGGGGUCCCGCUGAGUGUGUGAGUGUGAGUGUGAGUGUGCAGGGGCGGGACCUCAGGCAGGGCUGCGGUCCCGCCGCGGGUGGGGAGGGAGACUCGCAGAGGAAAGAGAGUUUGGCUGUCGUUCCCGAGUCCCAAAGGGAGGGGCGGGAUGGACGAGCCCCUACCUCCCCGGGAGUCCGCCAAGUUCAUUGCUGAGAACAGCCGAGACGUGUCCAUCGACGGCGGAGGCGUGCGGAGGGUGGCGGAGCUGCUGCUCGCCAAGGCCGCGGGCCCCGAGCUGCGCCUGGGCGGCUGGAAGGCCCUUCAUGAGCUGAACCCCAAGGCGGCCGACGAGGCCGCGGUCAACUGGGUGUUCGUGGCAGACACACUCAACUUCUCCUUCUGGUCGGAGCAUGAGGAGCACAAAUGUCUGGUGGGCUACCGGGGCAGGACGUACAGUGGGUACUGGUCCCUGUGCGCCGCCAUCAACAGAGCCCUGGACGAAGGGAUACCAAUAACUAGUGCUUCGUACUAUGCCACAGUGUCCCUGGAUCAGGUUCGGCAUAUCCUCCGUUCUGACACGGAUGUGCCCAUGCCUUUGAUCGAAGAGAGGCAUCGGAUUCUCAAUGAAACCGGGAAAAUCUUGCUUGAGAAAUUUGAAGGCUCCUUCCUUAACUGUGUCCGAAAAAGUGAAAAAAGUGCACAGAAGUUAAUGCAUCUGGUAGUUGAAAACUUUCCCUCUUACAGAGAUGUGACUGAGUUUGAGGGGAAAAGAAUUUCUUUUUACAAACGGGCCCAAAUCCUUGUGGCAGAUACGUGGAGUGUGUUAGAAGGAGAAGGAGACGGCUGCUUUAAGGACAUCUCCAGCAUUACCAUGUUUGCUGACUAUAGACUACCUCAGGUACUUGCUCACCUGGGAGCCCUGAAAUACUCUGAAGGACUACUGGAGAAGCUUCUCAAAGCAUCCAAUUGUCUCUGCUACUGUGAAAAAAACGCCGGUUAGAAGGGAUCCAUCCAAUAUAGUUGGACAGAGUUGUCUGAACUUUCCCCUGUCAUCCUCAUCGUCUCCAGAUGCUCUUUUCCAGAUGUGCAUCUGCAGCUGUUACUGCCUUCAUUUUGUCCAGCUCCUAAAAGAAGACUGCUAUCCUUACCAGUUUGGUAUAGGGUGAACAAAUAUCUUUGCCCCUAGUUUGUUUAAACAAAGUUGGAUUUUUUCCCCUGAAAAGUACUUUAUUAGCAAACUAGAGGAGAAACAGAAACUAUAAAUGUAAAGGUAUAUGUACUGAAAAAAAAAUAUCUUAAGUGAAAUCUAAAAUCAGGUUGCUUGAUUAGAUGAGGUAGAAAUUUCCUUAACUGACCUCUAAUGAGUCUGCCUCCAAACUUGAGGAUGUGCUGCACUUUAAAUUUCUUUUACUCUCCUCUUUUCAGGAUAUCUCCAGGACAGUCCUUGGAAAGCCUACCCAGAUUUUUGUUUAUUUUAUCUUUAACCCAUCUCUUCACCAAAGGCAUAUAUAUAUAUAUAUAUAUAUAUAUAUAUAUAUAUAUAUAUAUAUAUAUGUUUAGCUAAUUAUAAAGACUGACAAUGCAAUUUGGCUAGAUUUAGAUUCUUCACUGUGAUUCUAGGGUUGAGUUUUAGGCCUAAUAUGUUGGCUACGUUGCCUUCCCUGACUCUAUAUGUUUGUCAUUCCUCUCAAAUGGUUUCACUUUUUUCUCUUUCAAAAAUCCAUGUCCUUUCCCACUGUAUUAGUCUCAUAAGGCUGACAUGCAAAAUUACCACAAACUGGAUGCCUUAAAACCACAGAAAUUUAUUCUCUCACAGCUGUGGAAGUUAAGUCUGAAUCCCUCUGAAGGGUCUCAGGAAGAAUCCUUCCUUACCUCUUUCUAGCUUUUGGUGGCUCCCAAUAAGUCUUUGCACUUUUUGGCUUGUAGCUACAUCACUUCAAGUAUGGCCUUCCCUGGGUGUCUCCUCUCUUUGUAUCUGCUCCUUUUCUUACAAGGACACCAGUCAUGGCAUAUGAGACCCACCCUAAUCCUGUGUAACCUCAUCUUAAUAUGAUUACAUCUGCAAAGAGCCUAUUUAUAGAUAAGACCACAUUCACAGGUACCAAGAGUUUGACUUGACUGGUCUCUUUUUGGAGAACACAGUACAACCUACAGUUACUUAUUGGGGGAUAACAAAAUAUGCUAAAAUUUAGUGACUUAAAACAAGACACUUAUCAUCUUACGGUUUCUGUGGGUCAGGAGUCUGGGUGCUGCUUAACUGGAUGUCUGUGGGUCAAGGUGGCAGUCAAGCUGUCAGCUGUGGUAGUGGACUCAUCGAAUGACUCUUCUUGGGUGGUGGUAGCUGCCUCCAAAAUCACUGUUGUGGUUGAUUUGAGAAUUCUGGCAAGUUGAUAGUCAAGUUUGGGAGAAUUGAUAAACAAGAGAAUGAAGAGGAAGGGGUGGAUUUGUAUGCUGGCACCUGGAGCAAAAUAAGGAAAUGGAGGGGCUCAGCUAGUGUCUGUUCUUCCACUGGUUCUUCCCCAGUCACCAGUGCCUAAGCCCUUGGGAGAGAUGGGUAGAUGGGACAUAAGUAACAUUCCUUAAGAUCCCAGGUGACAGAGUGGAACCUAGUGGGGCUGGGGCAUUUUUCCUAAGUCUCAUUGGAUCAUUGUGCUCAUCAGGUACUGUGAAGAUCUGUGUAAGAGGCCUAUAGAUGUGUUCAGCCUGAAGAGUGUGUUUUUUUUAAAAUAUAUUUUAUUGAUUUUUUACAGAGAGGAAGGGAGAGAGAUAGUUAGAAACAUCGAUGAGA